CACCACGGCACCACCAGACCAACCGGACCGGGCCAAGCGGCCGCACUCCCCUGCGCCUGCGGUGCCCGUCCCCACCACCGUCCUCCCCCGCCACUGCAGAUAACACAGCGGGCGGCGGACGCCGAUGGCCGCCGUGGCAAGCCCCGCCCUCCGGCUCCGGCCAGGGGCCGCCUCCCCGUCCGCGCGCGCCUUCUCCGCCUCUCCUCGCUGCCGCUUCAGCUCCUUCGCUUACUCCUAUGCCAAGUUUGCGAGGCCAUUUCCAAUUCAGAGAGUCAGUGGAUUUAGGAUGCAUCAUGUAGGUACUGUAAUAGGCCAAGUUUUUAGCAGCACUGGCAACCAUGAUGGACGGUUUCAUAUCAAGCGAAUUAUAUCCUUCGCUGCUAUGGACAAGCAGGAGCCAAUUGUUUCACCUACCUCAGACAUGCCGGUUUUAGAAGGGACAGAAAGUAGAACUGAAGAUGCCCCUGCAUCUGACAGCUCUUCUUACUUCACUGACAAGGGUGCUGGAAAACCAGGAUUCAUCUCGUUUCAGGGCAGCAACUAUCAAAGGACAACUGUGGAGAGUGUGCCACAUCCUGGCAAGGAAGCAUCUAGAUUAGUUUGGUUUGUUGGUCCAACUAUCCUUGUGUCGUUCUUGGUUCUUCCAUCGCUGUACUUGCGCAAAGUACUCUCAGCUGUGUUUGAGGAUUCCCUGUUGACAGAUUUUCUUAUACUAUUCUUUACCGAGGCUUUGUUUUAUGGAGGAGUUGCAAUUUUUGUCUUCUUGAUUGAUAAAGUCUGGAGACCUUUGCAGCAAGUAGCACCAAAGAGUUACAUUUGGUCAAAAUCCAGAUUUUUCCGUAUUUCUUCAGUAACAACAAUGGUUCUGAGCUUGAUAAUACCUCUUUUGACAAUGGGCAUGGUCUGGCCUUGGACUGGUCCUGCAGCAUCAGCGACUCUUGCCCCUUAUUUGGUAGGACUUGUUGUACAGUUCGCAUUCGAGCAGUAUGCACGGCAUCGAAAAUCACCUUCUUGGCCAGUUAUUCCUAUUAUUUUCAAGGUAUACAGGCUUCACCAACUGAACAGGGCUGCUCAGCUGGUGACAGCACUCACAUUUUCUGUUAGAGGAACAGAGACGACAAAUCAAACUUUGGCUAUCAUGAACUCCUUAGGAGCAUUACUGACUGUUCUUCAAAUUCUUGGUGUUAUUUGUGUAUGGUCACUCUCAAGCUUCCUGAUGAGGUUUCUUCCCUCUUCAGACAUUCCAGAUCCCUGAGUUGCAGCAGCUUUGGUAGGACUUUGAAACAUGGGCAUAGCGUCCCUACUGUAAAUUGGACUACAUGGAGCCAGUUGACAUGUUUGCAAAGCUUAGCAUUGCUUUAGGGAUUACAUUUCAUGUGCGCUUCUGCUGAGUAAGUGCAGAGAAUUUGUUCAAUUGGUAGGAAUGACGCUGGAAACGAAUAAAAUGCGAAUAAGAGAGCUGAGCUGUACACGAUGUAGAAUGCUGAUUCAUACCGUGUUUACAUGCUCUUCAUGUGGAUCAAAUUCCGAGUUUCACAAGCUGGACAAUCAAUUUUGUCUGAAGAUAUGUGUAGAUUUGGUUUUUUUUAAUGCUCCACGAAACCCUUGCAAAACAAAUGUAAAAAUAGAAGGAAUAUUCUUGUUCACAGACUGGUGACAACCCACUAUGUCAUUGUCAUUUAGUCAGUCCCUGUUAAUGCUAGGUAAUCAAAGUUCUGUCUUCCUUUUUCUGUUGGUCAUUCGUCUCUUCUCCCUUUGGAGGACCUACCGGUCAUGUAAGCUACUGGAUUCAGUUUUGCAACACUGAAAUAGGUGCAUCGUGAAUCACCUUUUUUGAGAUAUUUUUUCUGCGUUUGGCUA